AUGACAAUCUAUGAGAACGACCCCAAUAAAGAUACUCUCUUGAAAUUCAUAGAGAGAGAGAUUGCCUCGCUCAAGAUGAUAUCGCAUCCCAAUGUCAUUCAAUUCUAUGGUAUCGCUGAGAAGGAGCGAUCGUUCUUCUUGUUGACAGAGUUGGUUGCUGGCGGCGAUCUACAUUGGUACAUCAAGAAUCUCGACAUCAAAAUGUCGUGGCGACUCGUAUUGCUGAUCGCCAAAGACAUAGCUUCAUCGAUGGUAUAUCUACACAACAACAAUGUGGUACAUCGUGAUUUGAAAUCAACAAACUUGUUAGUCGCUGAGAAUUGGGUGAUCAAGGUGUGUGACUUUGGACUGGCGCGAAAAGUCGACUUGUCUGCCAAGUCGCAGAUGACCAUCUGCGGAACCGACGAUUGGAUGGCGCCGGAAGUGUUACUCGGCGAAUCGUACGAUAAAUCAUGUGAUGUUUUCUCGUUUGGCAUUGUGCUGAUCGAGUUGGUCACCCGACUGCGACUGACGCCGCGCAUCCGUAACGAGAAUCUCGGAAUCGACCAGCCCUACGUGAAAUCUCGCGCCAAAGAAGGAUGCCCAAAUGAAAUACUCGAGUUGAUAUUCAUGUGUUGUCGUGAGAAGCCACAGCUACGUCCAACCUUUGAGAAGAUUGAACAGGCGUUGAUCUAUUUGCUCGAAAAUCUCAAAGAUAUCGGCCAGGACGUCGACUAUCCACCACUGCGAACAUUCCAGCCACCAGAGUUGACAAUGGCGCAGAUCUCCAAAGAUCAAUCUUUCCCACGACCAUUUGUACAACCCGUUGCUCCUUCAACUCUGAAUGGAUCCAACAAAGAACUUCCACUCUUUAAGACAUCGCUAAACAACUCACUCAAUUCUUUCCCAAGACCAUAUGUAUCAUCAGCAUCAUCCAAUAACAACAACAACAAUGAAACAACAACAGUAAUUUCAUCAUCACCAUCCACUAAAUUUACAUUUCCUCGUCCGUAUCAAGGUAGUCCAAGUUCAUCUUUGGGAUCAUCAGCACCUAUUUCAGCACCACUUUCAACUUCACCCUCUGGCUUUUCAUUCCCUCGUCCAUAUCAACCAACCGACGAAGAAAUCGAAGAGGAAUUACAGCUUCAGAAACAACUACAAGCAGAUCGAUACUUUGAACAGCAACAAAUUGAAGAGGAAGAACAACUACUCUUACAACAACAACUAGAACAACAAGAACAAGAAAUACAAGAACAAUUACUUUUACAGCAACAACAACAACAACAGGAACAAGAAAUACAAGAACAACAACAACCACAACAACAAUAUAUAUUUGCAGAUAGUGUAGUAUCAUUUCAUGAUUCAGAAUUACUAUCAUUUCCUCGACCUUAUCAACCUGAAGAAUAUAAAUCACCAACCAGUCCUUUACUCAUACAAACCGACUAUAGUUUUCCAAGACCUUGGAAUCCAGAGUAUGAUAAAGAACCACCAUUAUCUACUUCAAAAUCAAUAUCACAAACAGCAGCAGAUGCAGCAACACAACAAACAACAACAACAUCAACAACAUCAACAGCAAAUCACAAUACAAUCGAUAAAAAUAGUUUAAGAAUUAAUAUAACCAAAGAAAAGAUAGACGAUAAUGUAUCGGUGAAUAACAGAACACAACAAAUCUCAUCACCACAUCUCAUCACUGUUACAUUGGCACCACCGACAAGCUCGAGUUUACCAUCCUCACCGAAAUCAAUAACAACACCAGUAUCCAAUCACUCGUCGACACAAUCUACACCGACAUGUACACCAAGUUCAACACCAACCAAAACACCAUCGACAUCACCUUUUGUAGCUACACCACCAAAGAAAUCACAUUCACCACCGACCUCUUCGAGCUCUGCACCAACCUCACCACACAAAUCACAUGUUUCCAUCCAAGACAGAAUUAAAAACCUUCUCAAAGGCGGUGGAAGUACAAAGAAUAUCAAUAAUAGCCAGAAUCAAAAACCAGAAUCACCUUCAUUCCUUAGAAAAUCUGUAAAUACCAAAGAUAUCAUUCAAAAAUACGAAGAGAUCACUAAAAGAGUUCAAGCUGGUUCACACCGAACCUCCAAUUCAUAA